AUGUGCGGCUCCCCCGAAUUCUCUCCCGUCAUGGAGCAGCUGCUAAGCUACAUGCCUAAGGAUCGACAAGUUAUGCUCUUCAGCGCAACCUUCCCAAUGAUUGUCAAAGAUUUCAAGGACAAGCACAUGGACUCUCCAUACGAAAUUAACCUUAUGGACGAACUCACGCUUCUUGGUGUAACACAAUAUUACGCAUACGUAGAGGAGAGGCAGAAGGUGCACUGUCUCAACACCCUUUUUUCUAAGGUAAAGUCUCUCCGUGUUCCAGAUCUUAGCUCUCGUCUGAAGAUUUUUCAGCUCCAAAUCAACCAAUCGAUUAUAUUUUGCAACUCGACCAACCGUGUGGAGCUUCUCGCAAAGAAGGUCACCGAACUCGGAUACUCAUGUUUCUACUCGCAUGCUAAGAUGCUUCAGUCGCACCGUAACCGCGUCUUCCACGACUUCCGCAAGGGUGUCUGCCGCAAUCUUGUCUGUUCCGACCUCCUUACUCGCGGCAUAGAUAUUCAGGCAGUCAACGUUGUCAUCAACUUCGAUUUACCUAAGAACUCAGAGACGUACCUUCACCGUAUAGGUCGUUCCGGCCGUUUUGGUCACUUGGGCUUAGCGAUCAACCUCGUCACAUACGAGGAUCGUUUCAACCUUUACCGUAUCGAGCAGGAACUCGGGACCGAGAUCCAGCCUAUCCCCCAGCAAAUCGACAAAGGCCUCUAUGUUGCGCCAAGCGCCAUCAAUGACGCUGAACAACAACAACAGCAGCAGCAGAAGGCGAAGCAACCGCAGCAGCAACAGCAGCAGCCACAGCCCACCUCAACGCAGCCCCAAAUCCAGCAGAGGCAGGCAACUCCGGGACAGUCCCCCGCGCCACAGGUUGUAUAUCAAAGUGCCGCGCCUCAGGGACGCCCGAACGGCAACCAUGUUCCCCCUCAGCAAGUACGGACAGGUUACCCGCAACCGCAGCCUCAGCCGCAACCCAAACCGCAACCCGCUUACCGAGGUGGUGUACCCGUCGCACGAUAGACGGAAAUUUUCGAUGAGGCCGAGGGAAGGAGAGUGUGGAGGUUGAGGAGGCGGAUGUGAGAGGUGGUAGUUGUUGGUGAGGAUAAAGAAGUCAAGAAGAACCAUCUGGAUUGCAGACUAUCAUGCCGACCGUUACGGUACCAUUUCAACACUCGAGGGACCUCUUUUGUACCAUAUUCGUCCGGCCUGCUGGACGCCCACCGCCCCCAGCCGCCCACCGUCACCACCACACCUGUUUGGCGGGGCCUUUUAAUGUUGCGAACUGCGGACGUCGUCUUCAUCUCGCUCUGUUGUGUUUCCGCUCCUUCCGCUGCUGCACGUGUUUGAGUAUAUCUAUCGCUAUACCUCGUUUACUGGGCCUUAUUCUUUUUCGCGCCCUUGAUUUGUUGUACUGGUACGGGUACUGUCUGCAGAUGUCAUCGCAAUCCAUGGUUACUUGGCUGAAUGAUCGG